AUGAAUAAAGACAUAAAACAAAACAAAACAACAUUUGGUUCAUUUUUGUUUCAGAUAGGUCGAUUCGAUAAGGAAGAACGGUAUUAUCAUAUUCUAGUUAAGGAAUUACCGCCAGAUGAUGUAAAUAUCGGAACAGUAUAUAAUAAUACUGCAUUAGUUUAUCAACGUAGAGGUGAUAUGACAGCAGAAAUGAAAAACUUUGAAAAAGCCAUUGGUCUGCUAGAGAAACGUGGAUCACUUGGUUAUCCUGAGCUUUCAAGCUGUUAUCAUAAUCUUGGUGUUAUCUAUUCAAAUAAUGGUAAUUAUACAUUGGCCUUAAAAUAUUUAGAAAAAGCAAUUGAACUCAAGGUAAAAUGCUUACCAUCACUCUUGCCGUCGGUUGCCGGUGUUCAUAAUUCGAUUGGAUCGGUUUAUGUCUAUACUGCCCCGUAUGCAAAUGCAUUAAAACAUUUUCACACAGCUCUAGAAAUUCAACUUAAAGCAUUACCACCUAAUCAUUCUGACAUAAUAAAUGCAUACAAUAAUAUUGGAGAUAUUUAUCUUAAGAAAGAUGAUUAUGCAACAGCGUUGAAAAAUCAUACUUAUUCUCUUGAAAGAGCAUUACGUUGUUUACCAUCGGAUCAUCCGUUUGUGCUAUCGACGUACAAUAAGAUUGGAUGGGAUUAUAUGUAA